GAGAGAGAGAGAGAUGGUGAACACUUUGGCAAUAUACAAGCCACUUCUACGUGCGCUAAUGAAGAUUGUUGGGGUGACACCCCAAAUAGUGGAAAUCGAUCCAGGAACAAUUUUAAAUUUCUGGGUCCCGGAUGAAAUCUCCAGCAAUCCCGAGAGAAGAAAACACGCCAAGAAACAAGACAAAACGAAGCCUGCUGUAGUUUUCCUUCAUGGGUUUGCAGCAGACGGCAUUAUAACGUGGCAAUUCCAAGUCUUAGCUCUAGCGAGAAAGUACAGAGUAUAUGUGCCGGAUUUUCUCUUCUUUGGUGGUUCAACCACAGACAGAUCUGAACGGUCGCCGGAGUUUCAAGCGGAGUGCGUGGCAAAGGGUCUGGGAAAGCUGGGGGUGGAGAGGUGCACCUUGGUAGGGUUAAGCUAUGGAGGGAUGGUUGGGUUCAAAAUGGCUGAGAUGUACCCAAAUUUGGUUCAGUCCAUGGUGGUGACUUGCUCUGUCAUGGCCUUGACCAAGUCCAUCAGUGGUGCGGGCCUUGAGAGGAUUGGGUUCAAGUCCUGGUCGAACUAUUUGCUCCCGGACUCGAUCAAGGGGGUUAAGCUGCUUUUUGAACUUGCCACCUUCAAGUUGCCAUGGAUUCCGAAUUUCAUUUACAAACACUAUUUCGAGGUAAUGUUUGACCACAGGAAGGAAAAGGAGGAGCUACUCGAGGCUUUGGUCAUUGAUGACAAGGACUUUAACCUAGCUUAUCAUCCACAGAAGGUACAUCUACUGUGGGGAGAGGACGACAUCAUAUUCAACAUGGAAGUUGCUGAGAACUUAAAGAGGCAAUUGGGAGACAGAGCGAUAGUACUAAAAAGCAUAGAGAAAGCAGGUCACCUUGCUCAGAUAGAACGACCCUUUGUCUACAACAGAUGCCUCGAAGACAUUCUUGAAACUUUACUGGAAGAAAACAGUGAAGAAGCUGCUUAAACAUGGUUUGUGACCUUUUGUACUAUGGUUUCAACAAUUUAUCGUGAUGUUUUUGUUUUGUGUUUGUCCUAAUUGUAUGGUAAAAGUGUAAAUCAAAUUCAA